AGGCAUUAGGAUUCAGCUGCUGCCUCUUUCAACAUGUCAGCCCAGCCAGUGCUGCUGUUGGAAUCGCCUCAGUGAAGAUGAGGCCAAAGUCUGCAUGGUCUAUGAUCUCUAUAAAUCCCUUACUCCCAUAUCAACUGCAUAUGCAAGAGCAAGAGGAGCUGAUAGGAUGUCUUCAUUUGGUGAUUUUGUUGCAUUAUCUGAUGUUUGUGAUGUACCAACUGCAAAAAUCAUAUCCAGAGAAGUAUCUGAUGGUAUUAUUGCCCCAGGAUAUGAAGAAGAAGCUUUGAAAAUACUUUCUAAAAAGAAAAAUGGGAACUACUGUGUUCUUCAGAUGGACCAGUCUUAUAAACCAGAUGAAGAUGAAGUUCGAACACUCUUUGGUCUCCGUUUAAGCCAGAAGAGAAACAAUGGUGUCAUCAAUAAGUCAUUAUUUAGCAAUGUCGUUACCAAGAACAAAGAUUUGCCGGAGUCUGCCCUCAGGGACCUCAUCGUGGCCACCAUUGCUGUCAAGUGCACUCAGUCGAACUCCGUGUGCUAUGCCAAGAACGGGCAGGUUAUUGGCAUUGGAGCAGGACAGCAGUCUCGGAUACACUGCACACGCCUUGCGGGGGAUAAGGCCAACUAUUGGUGGCUUAGACACCAUCCACAAGUGCUUUCAAUGAAGUUUAAAACAGGAGUGAAGAGAGCAGAAAUCUCCAAUGCCAUCGACCAGUAUGUGACUGGAACCAUCGGCGAGGAUGAAGAUUUGAUAAAGUGGAAGGCACUGUUUGAGGAGGUCCCUGAGUUAUUAACUGAGGCAGAGAAGAAGGAAUGAGUUGACAAACUAAGUGAAGUUUGUAUCAGCUCUGAUGCCUUCUUUCCUUUUAGGGAUAAUGUGGACAGAGCUAAAAGGAGUGGUGUGGCGUACAUUGCUGCCCCCUCCGGCUCUGCUGCUGACAAAGUCGUCAUCGAGGCUUGCGAUGAACUGGGAAUAAUCCUCGCUCACACCAACCUCCGGCUCUUCCACCACUGAUCUCAUCGCACGUUAUUUUAUGGUUUGCGUAUGUGCAGGUGAUUCAUGUGUGGGAUUUUGAAAAUAACUUGUUUUUAAAAAUAAAAUAUUAAAUCUUAAAAAAAAAAAUAA